UAUCUGAAAAUGGAGCCGACGUCACACUCAUGGAAAAUCGCUAAAUACGCCCGAUUCCAGCCCGACAAGUCACUACCGUCGUCCUUCAGGAAAGGUGGUCCACCACCCGGCAACUGGAAACAAUACGAUGACAAGGAAAUCCAUCUAUUACUUGUGAGUGAACAACAGCUAAUAGUUAAGUCUGGUACAGACUUUUUAGAGAAUCUAUCAUUGUGGAACGCACGGUCAUGGUUGAAUUGUAUGACCAAAGGAGACACUUUAGCUUUUGUAUGGAAAAAAGAGGGUUUGCCUCGAAAAUUCAAGCUUCAAUUUUCUGCAGCAAAUGGCCAAAGUGGAGAGACGCUGUGUCGGAACUGUGCCAAGAUACUCCAGCGGCACGUUGCAGUUCAAUACCCAGACGAAAACAGAUCUGACGUCGGUCAGUCUGACAACUCCCAACAACAAUCACAAACACUUCAAGGCAGUCAAGUACAACAGAUGUCAUGUCAAAUGCAAGAACCACAGACAAGCACGUCUAGCCAAGAUACCAUUUCAGUUAGUACGGUAGCAGAGGCAAUGCUGACAAACAAGCCAUUGCCAAUGUCAAUGUCUACAGCCUACGCGCGCACUAAUUAUUCAAAGGAGCAGUUGACAUCUUUCAUAAGCCUUUGCCUGUCGGAUCCUAAUUUUCCAAUGUUUGUGGAAGCAGUCAAGAACGAGUUGGAGCAAUUAGCAGCAAGUGACACAACAGAUAAGUGUACCUAG